AUGGCUGGCCCAUGGCCGCUCGGAACCGGACAGGCGUUUGUGUGUGUGCGCGCGCGUGUGGUUGCCCGAUCUCCCCAAAUGCUGCGUGAGCAACGGGCUGCCGGCUGGGUGCUCCAAAGGGCAGGACAGGGCAGGACAGGGCAGAGCAGGGCAGGGGGGGCCAAAAGGGCCAAGAUCCAAAAGAUGCUCCCGGACUUUGAACUCCAGGGUCUUUCCACAUGGUCUUUGCGACGCUCUGCUGAUCAUCGCCUCUUCGCUCUUGGGCGAUAUCGGUCCAAUAACAGCACGGUCGUCAUAUGCAAGUCUGGUGGGAAUUGGUACCAUAGGGCUGUGUCUGGAGAAGCAAAGUACCCGGUACGUACAGAUACUCCCCAGGGUGGAAGUGGCCUUCCGUCCGGUCCGAAUUCGACCACAACCGAGAACCGAAUGGGGUCCCCUUUGACGAUGCAGGAAGGACUAUGCAGAACUUGGUAA